AUGGCAGCAUCCGGCCGAAGCGCCGAAGACGUUGCGCUGGGUGCCGAAGACUCCCGGCCAUCGCAUGCUGGCAGCCUGGCACUGGAGAAGCCAGCGUCGGAGUUUCAGGACACGGCAACGGAGGUCUCAACCGUGGUCUCCGGCCACAGCACGGUGAAGCCUCGAUGGGCGUGGAGGGCGCAACAGGCAGCUGCUGACCAGGAGGCGAUCCUGCGCAGCCGAAGCCAGCCGCCCCAAAGCCGACGUUCCACCACGUCUCCACCUCGAAAUGUGCUUCCCCAAGCGCCGGCGCAGCCACAGCCUGCGAGGGACUGGCCCAUGGCCAUUGGCGCCCCACCACCGCGGAGGAACGCCGCAGCCGUGCUCGCCGAGCUGCCACAGGAACAGCAAGGAACUGAUGGUGUGGCGCGAAGGCCACCAGAGGAGGAAACCGGAGCACGCUACUACCUCGACUACAAGAUCUCCAGAACCUGGGAGCGGCAUGGAUCCCAUGAGCGAGCAGACUAUGAUGCAGGGGUUGUCGGCGUCUACGGUGAGAAUGGAUGCUGGAAGGUGACCUGGCUACCAAGCCCACUGCAGUCUCCGCCAAGACCUAGGCGGAUGUUUCAGCAAAGCAGCGUGGCCGCAGCAGCAGCGCUUCGAACGGAAGGAGAUCAUACAGCUGCAAUGCUCGAGGCGUUAACCCGGAGUAUGACUCAGCUACAGGAGAUGCAAGUGAAGUCUAUGCAAAAGGGCUUGGAUGAUGAUGCGCCAGAGGCAGUGAAGUCGGCUGUGACGGUGCUCCCUGUGCUGCCUCCUCCUGAAGGGCAAACUUCGGGGAUUGUGCUGCAAGACUGGCUAGCGCAGAUUGCUAUUUCAAUGCAGGACCUCUCGCCUUCGUCAGGUCUAUGGUGGAGCAAGGUGAUGGAGCUGGUUAGAGAAACCUACGCCAAAUGGCUUGGCUGCUCUCCUUUGGAGCGCCUGCAGCUACAGCCGGGAAGCAGUGUGACUCUUGCUGAAGGCAAAUGGUUCGUCCAGAAUGCGACCCUGAUCCUCUUCAGACUUCACACGGCUUACCAACCUGGGGGUUUUGACAUGGAUGAGGAGCUGGCCCCGUUGGAUCCAGAGAUGUGUGGCGAUCAGCGCGGCCAGAUCUACAGCAACUUCGUCUGCCCCGAGGAUCAAGGCCUUGGGAACCGGGACGCAGCAGGAUUGCCCAACAAGGCAAGGGAGAACGUCCCCAAAGUCGGGUCCAGGAGCUCAGCUACCACAGCCUACCACCUCGACUUCAGCGACGCCUCUCCAAGCGGAACCUCAUCGGCAGGCGUCGUUACUGGGGAGCCGGUCUGGACUCUGGAAGCAUUGCUCCAGGCAGCUGCCAAAGUGGCAGGAGCUGAGGCGGCAACUAGGGGACCAUCGCUGAACGUGAUCAAGUUGAAGCAGCAGUGUGCGAUGAAUGGUGUAGACGGAGGGGAUCAGAUGUAUGCGCUGGUGGACUCUGGAGCAACGCAUGCGUUGCGGAGGGCUCGAUCAGAGGAGGAGUGGCGUGAAGCAGAUCCUGUCACAGUGAAUCUGGCCGGAGGCCAGUCUAUCUUUUUGAAGAUGAACAAGGCAGGGACGAUUUUGGUGCCCAUAACGUCAUCUACCACCUUUACCUCAGCAGCUCCUAUCGUUCCACUUGGGGCACUUGUGGGGCAGCUGGGUUACACAAUGACGUGGAAUAGCAACAAGUGCAAGCUGGAGGGCCGUAAUGGGGAAACGUUUCAGCUUCGAGUACGGGAAGGCUGUCCAGAGAUAACGGAGCGAGACGCCUUGAAGUUGAUAGCUCGUUUGGAGGACGACAAUUUGGAGGCCUUGAAGAAGAAUACCCGGGCUACUCGACAGAGGGUCAAAGCCGCUGCGCUUGCAAUGGAAAAAACGUGGUUCGACCACAUAAUCGCCUAUGUGGACGGUGAGGUCACAAGUGAAGCUUUGAAGGCAGUCGAGGCAGCACCCUUUUUCCAAGAAGUUCCCCGCGAAUGCUUGGUCGGACUCACAGAGCCGGUGCCAGAAGCCAAUGGCUGGGAAGCUCUUCGGGGACUACAACAUCUGAACCGGAGAGCGCGGAAGAAGUUGUGGUCGUCAAAGAAAUGGCUGGUUCAUCUUUUUGCAGGAGAGCGUGAGCGGCAAGAUCUACGGCAUCUUGAAGGCCAUGGAUAUGCGGUGCUAGAACUGGAUAUUACCCGGGGACGCACUCAAGAUGUCCUUCGGCCGUCGGUGUGGAGAGUGCUGGAGUACGCUGCAAGAAAGGGCAAGAUCGCCGGCAUUAUUGGCGGUCCUCCUCAAGGAACGUUUAUGAUUUCAAGACACGUGAUUGGAGGCCCAGAACCGCUACGCAGCAAUGAGUGUCCUUUUGGAAAUUGGCUGGGGCAGUCUGACAAUGACGUCUAUGAGGUGAACCGGGAGACCAAGUUGCUCGUCAGGAUGCUGUAUCUCCAUGCGCUUGCAACCGCUGGAAGGCUUCGGUCAAAUGUGGAGCCAGAUUCUUCGAAGGAGGUUGCUUUCAUGUUGGAGCAUCCAAGGGAUCCCAGGGGUUACUUGAAGUUUGGAGAUCCUCUUUAUCCAGAUGUGGUGAGCUUUUGGCGAACCUCGUUGUGGUCUGAGUAUGCGCUGGAAGCUGGGCUCAACUCGUAUAACUUCGAUAUGGCUGCUUUUGGCAAGGAGUAUACGAGACACACCACGCUUGGAACCAACCUGGAACUACGUCACCUAGACGGACUUCGAAGGAGAUAUUAUUCAGAUGGACCAGUCAAGGUUGGAGGCUCCGAUCCAGACGCGCGUGGAGCAUUCCCGAAGUCCUUCAAGUACAUCUUUGUUGCAAAGCUCCGUCUCCCUAAAACCUUCGUCGAUGAUGGAAGGGGUGCAUGGGUUGACUACGAUGAGGGUGAGCUGAGCAAGGAGGAGUACGAGGAUAAGGAUGAUGGCUUAGCGUCGGAAGGGGCUUCUCCAGGAAAGCGCGAUCCGGAUGAAGACCUCGACCUCGCCGCCCCGGAGAUGGUCAACCUUAUUUUUGCUACGGGUCUUCGUGAUGAAAAGGCGGCAUCAGUGUUGGAGGCGGUCCAGGAUGUGGUUCUCUACUGUCAGUCGUUGAAUAUUCCGGUUCUCCGCUUCCACACGGACCGAGGCAUGGAAUUCCAGGCUCGAGCUACGAAGCAGUGGCUGAAGAGCCAAGGGCUCAGAGUUACAACCUCGGAAGCUGGAGUUCACCAAACAAAUGGAGCUGCAGAAUCAACUGUGCGGUGGACUCAAGGAGUUUACGUGGGACUUUCUGAGAGCUUGAGCAAGGGUCAUUUGGUUUUCAUUGCCAAUGAUGAGGGUGAGAAGUUUGUACACACUCUACAUGUGCGAGCCGGUCUUCGCGAUCCAGGUCCAAUCGACGAAAGGUUUCAUGCAGAAGAGCCGGGUCCACCAGAACGUAGAGUUCGUGGAAAAGCAGCAGGGUCUGGAGAUGUGGUUGCGGUUUCCAAGGCGACAGUGUUUGAGGACGAAGGGCUCCGGAAGUGGGCAGAGGCAGUCCUUGAGGAAUGGUCGCAGGAGGAGGCAGAGGCCAUUGUGAUCCAGGCGGGGAAGUAUUUGACUUCCACGGAGAACAACUAUGGCAUGUUCCGUUUCGGAGGAAAAGUGGGUGUGACAAAGGCAACAAUUGAGAGGCCGUGGUUAGCAAAGAUAGUGCUGGGGCUCUUGAAGGACAAGGCGCCGGAUGCUGAGUUUGCCUCGGUUUUCAUCUCUGUCAACAACGAGCGCGAGGUGAAAUCUGGCAAGAGCUCCGAAACGGGGAUGUGGUUUCAGGAAGAGUUUUGGAGCUUCAAUCUCGUGAGGGCAGAGUGCGCUAUGGAGUUCUGCAAAAUCUUCCGCGUCCUGACCGAGAACUUUUGUGGGAGCUGGGAAGCUGUUGAAAAUGAGGCGGUGACCAAGGAUCUGGUUGUAGAGGACAAAGCCGAGGACAAGGGUGCGAGCCUCGAGGAGCAGAAGGGCAGUUCGCAUUCAUUGCAAGAUCCUGCAAGCCUUAGUGAAGUGAUCUGUGAAGAUUGGCUUGCAUGGGAGAUGCAGCUAGUGCUGGAUGAGAAAGCUCAAAGUGCUGUUCAAGUAGCCACGGAAACGCAGUAUGAUGCUCAAAUAUCCAAGGCUGAAGUCGGCUAUACUGAGAAUGUGGAGGUCUUGUUGGAGUCCCUAGAUAGCCCGCUGAGCAUUGUGCACACUGUGAGUCCGAGUGAGGUGGCCCAGCAUUUUGACCGAUGGACUUCGUCUUUGCAAAAGGAGGUUAGCUCUCUAGCGCAUGCUGUUGAUCGUGUGAGCAGAGAUGAUCCAGAAGUUCGUCGAGAUGUUGAUUCUGGAAAGGGGCAGGUGUUACCAAUGAAAGUCGUUUACACCGUCAAGCCUCCUGAUCCUCCGCCUGAAGGAGAGCCGCAUCAGCUCAUCUUUGAGGGCAAGCGAAUUACAUUGCUUCAAGGUACAGUUGAGCCAUCAUGGUGGUCAGUGCUACAGGAAGGAUCUCUUCUAAUCGGCAUCGUCGUUGUGUAUGUAGACGACCUGUUGAUUUGUGGUCACGCAGCCAUCAUCAAGGAGCUGGCGAAGGCGAUCAGGGAGAUCUGGAAGACCAGUGAUCUGCAGCUGAUUUCUGAUGGACCUCUAAGGUUCUUGGGGAUAGAAAUAUCAAUGUGCACCCAGGGAUAUGCUCUUUCGCAGAAGUCUUAUAUAGAAGAGCUGAUCCGCUUGCACGGCAUCCCCGCAAAUCGCAAAGAUGUGAUCCCGCUCUCCAAAGACAUGGCGGUGUUUGCAGUCAACGAGGAGGAGAGUGUCUAUUCCGAGGGUGAAUUGAAAGCUGCCCAGCAGUGGGCAGGGGAGCUGUUGUGGAUAUCCCAGCGUACGCGACCGGAUGUGGCGUUUACAGCAUCGCUGGUUGGGUCAUUGGCUACUCGAGCACCCAGGCGGGCGGCACAGAUCGGAGAGAAGGUCUUGGCGUUCCUACAAAGGACCAUCAACUUGUCCUUGAUCUAUGGAAGUGAUGGGUCAGGCCUGGCAGUCUACUGUGAUGCAAGUUUUGCACCAGAGGGUGGAAGGAGCCAUACUGGUUGGUUGGUCCAGCUUCAUGGGUGCACCAUUGCUUGGCGUUCAUGUCGACAAUCAACAGUGACUUUGAGCACAGCCGAAUCAGAGUUGAUGGCUAUGUCGGAAGCUAUCUUAGCGCUUCAAAGUGUGGACUCGAUGCUUCAGGACGUGAGUGUUCCGGAAAGGCCGCAUCAGUUGUUUUCAGACUCCACUUCGGCAUUGGCAAUUGCAAAUGGGUCAGGGAGUUGGAGAACGAGACACUUGAGAUUGCGAAGUGCAUGGGUGUUGGAGUUGAUCAACGGCAAUUCUAUUGUUGUUCAGCACUGCAAUGGUGAGUUCCAGCCAGCUGAUUUGCUGACGAAGGCUCUGGCUUCUCAGAGGAUUCGCUCGUUGAGCCGCCUGAUCAGUCUUCGUGGACCUCAUGAAGAUGACGACGAUCAGGAGCUGUCCACUAUCCUGGGAGAAGCUUAUAGCUGGGAUGAAGAAGAAGCUCUGAUUGUAAAGACUGGUUUGGCAGUAGACUAUGGAAUGGUUACAUGGGCGUUGCUUUGGACUGCAGUUAUUCUGUUUUUGCUGGCGUGGGAGCUUCUGAAGUGGCUAAUGUGGUUGGCUUAUGAUCGAGCAACACCCGGGGCCAGAUCGAGAAGAGUAAGAAGGCUUCAGAAGUUGCGCGAUGCGACAACCUCUGCAAUUCAGCGAGAGCUGGAAGUUCGCGCAGGUCACCGAGCUGAGCAGAGAGCCCAGGACUCGCAAAGGCAACCGACAACUCAGCUACCCAAUCCACCGAGAACAGCCGAAAGAGCAGCUUCCUCGACUACUAUCCCGCAAAGGACUGCAGAAAGGCCAUCUUCUACCACAGGAGAUCAACAGGCUGAGGAGAGGCUGGAGCUGUUGAGACGUCUUGCGCAAGGAGUUAAGGAGACGAGUGAGUCGGCUUCACAGACUAGCGAAGUUUUUCAGCGGAUUGUGGCUCCAGAGACAAGGGUUAUUUUACGCUACGUACAUGAACCACCUGCGGAAGCGUUUGUGGUGCCGAACAAUGAUUGCUUUCAUGUCUAUGGAGACUGCCAUGCCUUCAGGCACCCAGGCACAGCAGAAAGGGUGCAGCGAAAGAGGAUUUGCAACUACUGCCUGAACAGAGCCGAGGAUGACCCAGACAAGAGGGUCAACUAUGCUGAUGAUCUGGAAAGGGCUCGAGAGUACGAGCGUGUGUUCAAUACGCAGCUGUUGCGGUCCGGCCAAAGCUCUAGAGGAUGA